AUGAUCUUCUCUUUGUUCCUAGUAAGCGGAGUAGUCAUUGCCUUUGUAAUUUCCUUCUGGAAGAACCACUUUCAGACAAAGGAUGACACUGAUGAAACGCCAUCAAAUUCAAGUUCUCCUGAUCCAAUAAGAACUUUUCCCUGGUCAAGUAGAUCUUCUUCCCCAGAAAGUAGUAGUUCUACUCAGUCACUCAGCAGCAGUACUGAUAGUGUUUCAGUUGACAGUGUUUCUCCAGAUAUCUUUAAUAAUUUCCCACACUCAGUGGCCAUACAAAAUCGAAUAUUGGUAAACCUCAGAAUUGUGAAAUACAAGCUAGCUGAAUUGGAAAAUUACCUAAUCAUCAAGGGUUUCAGAAGUUCCUUAAUUAUUGAGAGAUCCAUUGAAGAGGUUGCAAGAUGCAAUGCCAAUACAGGCAAUCAUUAA